AUGGUGUGUGGAAAGAGCUUUAGUCGGAGUGGACUCCUUAAAAACCAUCAUCAUAUUCACACAGGAGAGAAACCAUUUAAAUGUAUGGAGUGUGGAAAGAGCUUCAGUCGGAGUGGACUCCUUAAAAACCAUCAUCAUAUUCACACAGGAGAGAAACCAUUUAAAUGUAUGGAAUGUGGAAAUAGCUUCACUCACAGUGGAAAUCUUAGAAAUCAUCAACGGACUCACACAGGGGAGAAACCAUUUAAAUGUAUGGACUGUGGAAAGAGCUUCAGUUGGAGUGGAAACCUUACAAACCAUCAUCUGAUUCACACAGGGGAGAAAACAUUUAAAUGUAUGGAGUGUGGAAAGAGCUUCAGCCAGACUGGAAGCCUUAGAACACAUCAACGGACUCACACAGGGGAGAAACCAUUUAAAUGUAUGGAGUGUGGGAAGAGUUUCACUACUAGUGGAAGCCUUAGAAAACAUCAACGGACUCACACGGGUGAGAAACCAUUUCAAUGCAUUGAGUGUGGAAAGAGUUUCAGUGAGAGUGGAACACUAAGAAAACAUCAGCGGACUCACACGGGAGAGAAACCAUAUAAAUGUAUGGAGUGUGGAAAGAGCUUCAGUCAGAGUGGAAGACUUAGAAUUCAUCAACGGACUCACACGGGGGAGAAACCAUUUAAAUGCAUGGAGUGUGGAAAGAGCUUCACUGAGAGUGGACACCUUAGAAUUCAUCAACGGACUCACACAGGGGAGAAACCAUUUAAAUGCAUGGAGUGUGGAAAGGGCUUCACUAAUAGUGGAACACUUAGAAUUCAUCAACGGACUCACACGGGGGAGAAACCAUUUAAAUGUAUGGAGUGUGGAAAGAGCUACAGUCAGAGUGGACACCUUAGAAUUCAUCAACGGAGUCACACAGGAGAAAAACCAUUUAAAUGCAUGGAAUGUGGAAAGAGCUUCACUACUAAUGGAACACUAAGACUACAUCAACGGACACACACAGGGGAGAAACUAUUUCAAUGCAUGGAGUGUGGAAAGUGCUUCAGUCGGAGUGGAGAGGUUAGAAUUCAUCAACGGAGUCACACAGGAGAGAAACCAUUUAAAUGCAUGGAGUGUGGAAAGACCUUCACUACUAGUGGAACACUAAGACUACAUCAACGGACACACACGGGAGAGAAACCAUUUAAAUGCAUGGAGUGUGGAAAGAGCUUCAGUCAGAAUGGACACCUUAGAAACCAUCAACGGAUUCACACAGGGGAAAAACCGUUUAAAUGCAUGCAGUGUGGAAAGGGCUUCACGAAUAGUGGAACACUUAGAACUCAUCAAAGGACUCACAUGGGGGAGAAACCAUUUAAAUGUAUGGAGUGCGGAAAGUGCUUCAGUCGGAGUGGUGACGUUGGAAUUCAUCAACGGAGUCACACAGGGGAGAAAAAAUUUAAAUGCAUGGAAUGUGGAAAGAGAUUCACUGAGAGUGGAAGACUUAGAAUUCAUCAACGGACUCACACGGGGGAGAAACCAUUUAAAUGCAUGGAAUGUGGAAAGAGCUUCAUUGAGAGUGGAUACCUUAGAAUUCAUCAACGGACUCACAUGGGGGAGAAACCAUUUAAAUGCAUGGAGUGUGGAAAGAGCUUCACUAAUAGUGGAACACUUAGAAUUCAUCAACGGACUCACAUGGGGGAGAAACCAUUUAAAUGUAUGGAGUGUGGAAAGAGCUACAGUCAGAGUGGACACCUUAGAAUUCAUCAACGGAGUCACACAGGAGAAAAACCAUUUAAAUGUGUGGAGUGUGGAAAGAGCUUCACUGAGGGUGGAACACUUAGAAUUCAUCAACGGACUCACAUGGGGGAGAAACCAUUUAAAUGUAUGGAGUGUGGCAAGAGCUUCAGUCAGAAUGGACACCUUAGAAUUCAUCAUCAACGGACUCACACAGGGGAGAAACCAUUUAAAUGCAUGGAGUGUGGAAAGAGAUUUACUGAGAGUGGAAAUCUUAGAAUUCAUCAACGGACUCACACAGGGGAGAAGCCAUUUAAAUGUAUGGAGUGUGGAAAGAGCUACAGUCAAAGCGGACACCUUAGAAUUCAUCAACGGACUCACACAGGGGAGAAACCAUUUAAAUGCAUGGAGUGUGGAAAGGGCUUCACUCAUAGUGGAACACUUAGAAUUCAUCAACAGACUCACACAGGGGAGAAGCCAUUUAAAUGUAUGGAGUGUGUAAAGAGCUACAGUCAAAGUGUACACCUUAGAAUUCAUCAACGGAUUCACAAGGGGGAGAAACCAUUUAAAUGUAUGGAGUGUGGAAGUAGUUUCAGUGCAAGUGGAAAACUUAGAAUUCAUCAACGGACUCACACAGGGGAGAAGCCAUUUAAAUGCAUGGAGUGUGGAAAGGGCUUCACUAACAGUGGAAACCUUAGAAUUCAUCAACGGACUCACACAGGGGAGAAACCAUUUAAAUGCAUGGAGUGUGGAAAGGGCUUCACUAACAGUGGAAACCUUAGAAUUCAUCAACGGACUCACACAGGGGAGAAGCCAUUUAAAUGCAUGGAGUGUGGAAAGGGCUUCACUAACAGUGGAAACCUUAGAAUUCAUCAACGGACUCACACAGGGGAGAAACCAUUUAAAUGCAUGGAGUGUGGAAAGGGCUUCACUAACAGUGGAAACCUUAGAAUUCAUCAAAGGACUCACACAGGGGAGAAGCCAUUUAAAUGCAUGGAGUGUGGAAAGGGCUUCACUAACAGUGGAACCCUUAGAAUUCAUCAACGGACUCACACAGGGGAGAAACCAUUUAAAUGCAUGGAGUGUGGAAAGGGCUUCACUAACAGUGGAACCCUUAGAAUUCAUCAACGGACUCACACAGGGGAGAAGCCAUUUAAAUGCAUGGAGUGUGGAAAGGGCUUCACUAACAGUGGAACCCUUAGAAUUCAUCAACGGACUCACACAGGGGAGAAGCCAUUUAAAUGCAUGGAGUGUGGAAAGGGCUUCACUAACAGUGGAACCCUUAGAAUUCAUCAACAGACUCACACAGGGGAGAAGCCAUUUAAAUGUAUGGAGUGUGGAAAGAGCUACAGUCAAAGUGGACACCUUAGAAUUCAUCAACGGACUCACACAGGGGAGAAACCAUUUAAAUGUAUGGAGUGUGGAAGUAGUUUCAGUGCAAGUGGAGUUCUUACAAAUCAUCAACAAACAUGCACGGGAGAAACCAUAUAAGUGCUUGGGAAGUGAAUAGAUAUUCAGUUGUAGGGGAAAUCUUACAAACCGUCAAAAGACUUUGAUGGGUAAGAUAUGUAAGAGUGGAAAAUCUACAGGCUUUCAAUUAACUGAAAGAAGAGAAACUUUUUAAAUAGAAGGAAUGUGGAAUCUGCUUUGGUUAUUAUGGAAUGCUUUUUCGAGUGUAGAACCUCUCCGAGUUGACAGUUUCUCUCGCAUCAUAAACGGGAAAUCGAUCUUCAAUACAUGCUGUGUAUGUGAGCUUUGGUUGUUUGUAGGUAACAUUGUCUAGACAUGUAUUUAAAGUAAUGAAGGUAACAUUUCACAAUAGCAAGUAUAAUAUAAUAUUUAGUGUACUGUUAGAUAGGGGGAGUGUGUGAGUCUGGAGUGCUGCUUCUGAAUGAGGAUGGACAGCGAAACUCCUGUUAGCAAACUCCUGAGCAUACCUGGUGAGUCUCUCACCCUUUGCAGCAACAGACUUACUAUCCAAGUCAACAGGUAGUUUUCCUAAUGUCAGGUAGUUGUUUAUCUCGAACUAUGAUGGGAGGGCGUUCCACAGGGCGGG